CAUCACUCUCCCAGGCGAUUAAUUGGACGCGCCAAGCUCAAGAGGAGAGAGUCUCUUGCUUCUGUCUUUAAUGGCGGGAGAGGAAGCAGCAGCUGCUUUUUCCUGAAGAUCGCGCUCGUUCUCUGCUGUACGGCAUUGAGCCUCUUCGUCUCCGAGGACCGACUCUAGUUCGGCUUUUAAUAGGAACCAUGUGAGACCUGAUGCCAGGAUUCCUUCCUUUCAUCUUCCAUUCAGCAAUCAAGUCCAGCUGGGCAGGUCAUCAACUUAUGGAGAUGCUUUGACUGGGAUUUUCUUGUUAAGGCUGUGGAAUCUCGAUUAUCGUCAGCUCUAGUCGUCCUGGAGUGGAAUCAGGCAUUCUGGUCUUGUAAUGUUAAAUCGAACUUACCGAGAAAAAUGCUGAGUCUGAAGAUUUGGUAGAGUUGGUUGUAGCCUCGGUUGCGUGGUGAUUAAACGACUGCAUUUUAGAGAACAAAGGUUUCACCAACAGUGGCUUCGCAGGGCAGAAAUGGGAAGAAACAUCACCUGCUUUUCUUUUUCAGAAUUUGCUUUGGUCUUUGCUGUUCUUGCCGUGCUUCUGUUUCCAUCUUCCAAUGGGCAAUUACAGUACUCUGAGGUGCAAACCCUCUUCACUGUUCAGAGGAUUUUGGAGUACCCAUCAGCGUUGAGUGGUUGGAGCAAUCGGUCAAACUUUUGUAGUGAUUUUCAAAGUUCAUCUUUGACUAUUGUCUGCUCCGGAGCUUCAGUAACUGAAUUGAGCAUUGUGGGAAACAAAGGAGCUUCUUCUGGCUCAAAGUUACUGCAAAACUUCUCAGUUUCUUAUCAAACAUUGUCUUCUGAGUUCUCAAUUGAUUCUCUUUUUGCUACACUUUCUCAGCUUCCAAGUUUGAAGUCACUGUCACUUGUUUCACUUGGUUUAUGGGGCACCUUACCCACAAGGAUCAGCCUUUUGUUAUCACUUCAAGUGCUGAAUGUGAGCUCAAACUUCCUUUAUGGAUACAUCCCAAUGCGAGUUUCUUUGCUGAGAAGUCUACAAACUCUUGCUUUAGACAACAAUAUGUUCUAUGGGCAUAUUCCAAGAUGGGUUAACUCCCUCAAUUCACUUUCUGUUUUGAAUUUGGGCAAUAACGCGUUGAAUGGUUCACUUCCAUCAACGUUGGGGACUUCAAAGAACCUGAAAGUGUUGAUUCUUUCAAGGAAUCGUCUCUCUGGAGGUGUGCCAAAUCUAAGUGGCCUAGUUAAUCUCGAAGUUCUGGAUUUGGGUGAUAAUCUUCUUGGUCCUAAAUUCCCUGCUUUAGGAAACAAUUUGGUCAAACUUUCAUUGCAGAGGAACCUGUUUACAUACAACAUUCCCUCUCAACUUGCAUCAUUUGAUCGAUUGGAGUCAUUUGAUAUUUCACUCAAUAGAUUUGUUGGGCCAAUUUUGCUGCCAUUGUUUUCUUUACCGUCAAUUCAAUAUCUGAACUUGAGCGGAAAUAAGCUUACUGGUCUACUUCCUGUGCACAUGAAAUGCAAUGCCAAACUUCAAUUUGUUGAUAUAUCUAACAAUCUUUUGACCGGAGUAUUACCCACCUGUCUCCGGAACAGUUCAUCCACGACAGUCUCAUACUCAGGGAAUUGUCUAAAUAACACCUCUAAAUAUCAGCAUCAGUAUUCUUUCUGCAGCAAUCCGGCUUUGGCUGCAAUUCCACCUCCGCUCAAAAAGAAAACAUCAAGCAACAAAUUGAUACUUCUACUGGGUGUUGCUGGAGGCAUUGUGGCAGGUGCAGUCAUAAUAGGUUUCCUGAUGCUUGUGCUGUUUAGAAAAUGUAAGGCCCCUAACAGUAGGCGACAGAAAACUAAAGUUAUUACUGCUUCAGCAGGAUUCCCUCCAAGAUUAUUGUCAAAUUCUAAAUACAUAUCCCACACUAUGAGGUUGGGUCCUCUUGGUCUGCCACCUUAUCGGACUUUCACCCUUGAGGAGAUUGAAGAAGCAACAGACAACUUUGAUAAGUCAAAUCUUAUGGGCGAAGGAUCUCAGGGUCAGAUUUACAGAGGCAGACUUGGCAAUGGCUCGUUGGUAGCUGUGAGAAGCUUUAGAUUAAAGGAGAAGCACACACUAGAAAGCUUAAUGCAAUACAUAGAACCUCUCACCAAACUAAGGCAUCGUCACUUGGUCAGCAUCCUUGGUCAUUGCAUCGUCUGUUAUAUGGAUAGCCAGAAUGUGGAGAUGGUGUAUCUCAUCUUUGAGUUUAUAUCAAAUGGAUCACUAAGUAGCCUUAUCUAUGAUGGGAGACAAGGAGACAUGCUGAGAUGGCCAGAAAGAGUAGGAAUCGCAAUGGGUAUUGCAAGGGGUGUCAAGUUCUUGCACACAGGAGUCGUACCUGGAGUUUUUGGUAACGAUUUGAAGGCUGAAAACAUUCUUUUAGACCAUAAUCUCACGCCGAAAAUUAGUAAAUAUAACUUGCCCAUGCCAUCAAAGAGUAUGGCUGUUAAGGUAGGUUCAGGUCCUCUGAAUGUAUCAGAAGCGGCUCUUCAACCAGCCAGCAUUGAACAAGGAGAGAAAUCAGAUAUCUACGGGUUGGGCAUUGUUAUGUUGGAGCUUAUUAUUGGCAGGCAUAUUAGUACACAAAGUGAACUGGAUGCAUUGAAAAAUCAGUGGAAUCAGAAAACACAAAAUAGCCCCAUGGAAGCAUAAUGUGUGCGCAUGAGUUUGCCCAUGAGAGAGAGGCGGUUUGAAUCUUGAUACGGUGCGGUGGCUUGCAGUCUUUUUUCGUGUGAACCUGCUCACCAAAUCUCACAUCAACUGGAGGGUUAUUCACAAUUUCCGUGCGAAAAAUAUUUAAGCACUUCCAAAAAACAUAGGAUUUACUCCUGAGAUGAUGAAAUCCAAUUCACAAGGCAAACGGGUGGAGUUCACUGAAAAUGGUGUAAAUAUCAUGUUUGACUCAAGUUUAGCACAUGAAAUAAUUGAAAGUGUUCAAAUGAUCCAAGGACUAGCUUCAUCUUCUGCAGCUUGGAUUGACGUAUUGAACCAUAAGUUGUGGUGGUAGACAGCAGAAAAACCAACCUAUUUAAUGACUUAUAACUUCGGAAUACUAAGUUAACUUGACAUUUUGAACUUGUGAUUGAUGUUGUUUCCAUGG